AGUAAGCCCAAUUACAAAGAGCGGUAAUGAUGAACUCUCGCUCCCAAAGUUGGAACUCACGGCAGCUGUUAUUGCAGUACGACUUAAAGCAUUUUUAUCAGGGUCUCUAGAGUUACAGAUUGAUAAAUACUACUUAUGGUCUGAUUCAACAAUUACACUUAAUUGGAUUAUGGGAUGCGGAAAUAAAAUAAAGCCAUACGUUACAACAAGAGUUAAAGAAAUUUUAAAACUAACUAACAUAUACGAAUGGAAAUAUUGCGAUGGCAAAAGCAAUCCUGCUGAUUUUUUAACUAGAGGUUGUACAGCCAAAAAUUUGUUUAAUAAUGAAUUAUGGAAAAAUGGUCCGAGCUGGUUAUCGGCAAAGCAAAUACAUUCUGCAAGCAACAAGAGUAUGAAUGAUAUUUUAUUAACAUUUUCGGACCUGAAUGAAAACAUUGUCAAUCAAAGCGAAUCAUUUGAAACAAUAAACAAAUAUAGUAACAUCAAAAAAGUGUUAAGGGUAACAGCCUAUAUUAUGAAGUUUAUUAGCAACAUGCAGACACAAAAAUCUCACAGGACAGUACAGAAGACAUCAAAAAUAAAUGACGUAAAAAAUUUAAGUGCGCAGGAAAUUGCUGAAGCCGAAAAACUUUUGGUAAAACUGGAACAGAGAAGAUAUUUUCCUGAAGAAGCUAGUUAUCUGAAGAACGGAAAAAUUUUGCCAACAACAUCGAAGUUAUUAUGUUUAAAUCCAACUAUUGACGAUGGCGUGAUAAGACUUAGUUGCAGGAUUUCAGAUAAAGAUUACGACAAAAGUUUGACAAAACCAGCUAUAUUGCCUAAACUGUCUCGUCUGAGCAGGUUGUUAAUAAUUGAAGCGCAUACAGUUACUCUACAUGGAGGUGUGAAUGUAGUACUAGCAUACAUACGAAAGAAAUAUUGGAUAAUACAAGGUCGCCAACUAAUCAAAAAUAUACUAUAUGUAAGAGCAAUCCAUUUGGAACUGGUGAAAAAUCUUACAACCAACAGUUGUAUUGACGCUUUAAGAAGGUUUAUAGCGCGUCGUGGUUGUCCAGAAACAAUCAUUUCAGGUAAUGCCAAAACAUUUAAAAGAGCAAACAAAGAACUUCAAAAGCUAGAAACUUUACUUAAAUCCGAAGAAUUUCAGAACAAUGCAGCCCACAAAGGAUUUUCAUGGAAAUUCAUACCAGAAAGAGCGGCAUGGUGGGGUGGAUUCUGGGAAAGAUUAGUGAAAAGUGUCAAGAUAUGCUUGAAGUCAGCUAUUGGGAAAUUGAUAUUGACAUACGAUGAAUUGAACACACUAUUGACAGAAGUUGAAUACGUUGUAAAUAUUUGUCCUUUAACCUACAUAACAAAUGAUGAAAAGGAUUUAGAACCAUUAACACCAGCACAUUUUUUAAAUUCGUGUCAACACAGCUUUAUUAUUGACGAGUUUAACUAUGACAGAUCAGAAGUUGGUGAUUUAUGGCAAAAACGUCGAGCGUUACUCUUAAGUCAAUUUGGUAAAUCGGAAAUUCUCUUUCUGGGCUACACGGUCAGCAAGAAUGGCAUUAAACCACCACAGGACCGCAUUGAAGCAAUAGUAAAUUACAAACAACCUGACACAGUCAGUGACCUAGGACGGUUUCUAGGUGUUCUGAAUUACUACCGGCGUUGUAUACCACACUUAUCGCAACAUCAAGCACAGCUUAGUGAUCUGGUACGAAACAUCAAAAAGAAUGACAAACGAAAAUCUCUUGGACUCCCGAAAGUCUCGAUGCGUUCAAUAACUGUAAACACAGCGUUGCGAAUGCUGCACUAA